UAUUUUUCUAUCCCUGCCGUUGACUGAUGACUGCUUCUUCUAAAAUCAACUCAUUCUUUAACUUUUUCUCCAUUGCUUUCUUUGCACAUAAAUAGAAGCAUUUCCCAUCGAAUUUCAUGGGUCAUUCACUCUCUCUCAGUCUCUUCUCUUUCACCAGCAGAAAGAGAGAUGGGUGAGCUUCACUCCAUGUCCAUGGCUUACUCUAGCAGUAGCCUAGCCCUAGGAGGACCAGGACUAGGUCUAGGUCUAGGACUGGGAGGAGGGAAUUGGGAUAAUUGCCACAACUUCAACCUUGGAGUUCUCAGCUCAGACAGGAUGUCUUUAGUGAUGGAUGACUUUAAUGCCGCACCACCAUUUUCUUCUACUCUCGAGUCGGAUUUCUCGACCGGUUACUUGGAAGACGCUUUGGUAGAAUUCAGUGAGCGCUCGAAAAGAAGACGCAUGCUGUUGUUUAACGAUGACGAAAUCAGAGACUCCACCGCUGUUGCUUCAAAGAGACGCUGGAAUUCAGACUGGGAAGUGCUUGAGAGUUUUGACAGCAUUAGCCAACUAAUCACCUCUACUGGGCUAUCAGGGGAUGAUCCUACAAGUAUGAGUACUACACCAGUGAGCAGAAUCUGUGGGGAUGAGACCAACAUAGUCGAUACAAAGAUGAACACAAGAGAAGAAGCUAUUGAUUCCUCGUCUUCAUCUUCUUCUUGCAAAGAAUCAGCCAACACCAACUCCAUGGCUGCCGAGAAAGAGAACCUCUUUUCCGCUAAUGCUCCUCUGGCUGCAGAUGAGAAGAGAAAUAAGAAGAGGCCGGUGAUAACGUCGAGGGUGGUGUAUCCCUUUGCGGUUGUGAAACCGGGAGGAGUAGAAGGUGACGUGACGCUAAACGACAUCAACGAGAGGAUUUCAAUGCCACCAACGCGACCAGUACGACACCCCGUUGGGGACUUUGCGUGUCGGCCAUGCGUAUCUGAUCCUGAUGGUCCAGGACUUUCUGGUAAAGCUGUGGUGGCCCUUACCAGAAUUCAAACACAGGGAAGAGGCACAAUCACUAUUAUCAGAACCAAAGGUUAAAAACUCAGUCGAGUCGAUUGAUCAUGUCAUGCACUUCAUUAGUGGAGUUAUUACUUUAGCUAGUUAAUUAUAUAUUUAUGUAAUGAAUUGUAUAGAACAUGCUAAAUUAAGAAUUUACUGUCCGCUCUAUUAUUAAAGGUACGGUUAACUUUGUACUGAGGCAUUAAGUUGGAAGAACACUUGUGAUUAAUUCUGAA